GGCAGUGGGACAGCGGUUCAGUGGGGCAAAGGUGAGGAGCCGCUGCAGUGAGAGACAGCACACCGUAACGACAACAUUUGUACGAUUCCUGGAUGCAGAAAGGUCACGUCGACAUAUCCUGAAGAAGGGAGAACAGAUGGCUAAUCAUUUGUCAGAGUCUCUGCCAGAGCAGACCUUCCAGUACCAAAGCAGCCUGCCUCCCCUGCCUGUACCAUCACUAGAGAUCAGCCUCUCCAAGUACCUGGAUGCAGUUCAUCCUUUUGCGUCUGAGAAAGAGUUUAAGGCUACAGUGGACAUUGUGAGGAAAUUCCAAGAGGGUGUUGGAAAAGAACUGCACCAGAAACUACUGCAGAAAGCCAAGACAAAGAGGAACUGGUUGGAAGAAUGGUGGUUAGACACAGCGUAUCUGGAGGUUCGCAUCCCCUCUCAGCUCAAUGUGAACUUCGGUGGCCCGGCGCCCUACCUGGAGCACUGCUGGCCUCCUGCAGAAGGAGUCAGUCUACAGAGAGCCAGUAUAAGCACAUGGCAUACACUACAGUACUGGAACCUGAUCCGCACGGAGAGGCUGGCUCCACAGAAAGCUGGCAAAACAGCAUUAGAUAUGGACCAGUUCAGAAUGCUGUUCUGCACCUGCAAAGUACCUGGAGUAAAGAAGGACACCAUUCGCAACUACUUCAAGACAGAGCGUGAGGGUCCGUGCCCGUCCCAUUUGGUAGUGAUGUGUCGCGGUCGGAUCUUCACAUUUGAUGCACUUUGUGAUGGACAAAUCCUCACUCCACCAGAACUUUUCAGGCAGCUGAGCUAUGUGAAAGAGCGCUGUGAGAGAGAGCCAGAAGGAGACGGAGUGGCUGUUCUCACCUCAGAGGAGAGGACUCGUUGGGCGAAGGCAAGGGAGCAUCUAAUAAGCAUUGAUCCACACAAUAAGACCAUCCUGGAAACCAUCCAGAGCAGCCUGUUCGUCAUAUCUCUCGAUGAUACAAAACCCUACUCCACUCCGGAGAACUACACAAAUAUGACCCUGGAAGCCCUUACAGGCAAUCCCACCAUCCGCUGGGGAGACAAAGCAUACAAUUCAAUUGUGUUCUCAGAUGGCACUUUUGGAUCCACUUGUGAUCACGCACCAUAUGAUGCCAUGGUACUGGUGUCUAUGUGUUGGUAUAUAGACCAGAAAAUCAAAGCCACAGAGGGCAAAUGGAAGGGCUCAGAUGCACUCAGACCCAUUCCCCUUCCUGAGGAGAUGGUGUUUACUGUGGAUGAGAAAGUCCGGAGUGACAUCAGCCAUGCCAAACAGCAGUACCUGGAGUCGACACGGGACCUGCAGGUUGUGUGUUACGCCUUUACUGCGUUUGGAAAAACGGCCAUCAAACAGAAGAAGCUGCAUCCUGACACCUUUGUUCAGUUGGCAAUGCAGUUGGCCUACUACAGAAUGCACAGAAAGCCUGGUAGUUGCUAUGAGACAGCAAUGACUCGCAAGUUCUACCACGGCAGGACGGAGACGAUGCGACCCUGCACCCAGGAGGCUGUGAAAUGGUGUAAAGCAAUGAUGGACCCCGCAUGUGAAGUUAAUGCCAAGAGGAAAGCCAUGCUGCUGGCCUUCAACAAACACAACAAACUAAUGGCUGAAGCUCAGGAUGCAAAAGGUUUUGACAGACAUCUCCUUGGCCUGUAUCUUAUCGCCAGAGAGGAGGGACGCCCCACUCCAGAGCUCUUCAUGGAUCCCCUCUAUGCGAAGAGUGGUGGUGGAGGCAACUUUGUGCUGUCGUCCAGUCUGGUGGGCUACACCACAGUUCUGGGGGCGGUGGCUCCCAUGGUGCCCCAUGGAUACGGCUUCUUCUACCGUAUCAGAGAUGACAGGAUUGUGAUCUCCAUCUCAGCGUGGAAAUCCUGUCGUCAAACAGAUGCUGCAUCCCUAUUCAACAACUUCUGCAGCUCCCUGCACGAGAUGCUCCACCUGGCCACCACAUCUCAGUUAUAAGUACUCACACCGAGAGACCGAGGAGCUGAGCACUGGCUAAUUGACACAUGUACCUUAUACCUCUCCGUCCUUGUUGGAGCAUUAACUCACAUGCACUUCACAAACCUCGACAGCUAGCGAUAGUCAUGUUUAUUCUCAGCACAAAUCAAUGCAAAGGCACAGACUCAGUAGGCCUACCUAUAGGUGAUAUUUACUGGUUUUGGCACUUAAAAAAAUCCAUUAAGUUUUCUGUUUCUGUUAAAUAAGAUUUUUUUGAGUGUAAAUUGUUCCUUUGGGUGUAUAUAUUUUUCCUGAUUCUCAGAUUUUAAUGAUUCUAGGAUACAUUUCAAAAUGUUUCAUUUUAAAUGCAGACAGUAUUAAUCCACUUUUAAGCUGAAUUGUUGGUGUUUGGCUCUUGGUGGCUAAUAGUGGGUGAUGAUUUAAUGGAAAUUGAGGCUGUUUUAAGGUGGAGAACUGUAGGAAAAGAAAAAAAAAACUGCUGGCUGCUUUGACUCUUGGCCUUAAACUUUGCUGUCAUAUAAUAAAGGGCAUUCCAAUCAAACCCAUAAAAAUAAGUUUGAUAGAUAGGAACUAGAAUUUGAUUGGUGCAAUGUCUGUGUAGGCAGACACUAAAAUUAUUUUGAAAUAUCGCUUCAAUUCCAUCGGCCACACAGUAGGUUCACAGUCUGUCUCACAACAACUUGCACACAAAAGGACUUUAGAUGUUGUCCCCCUCUCACUUACACACACAGCACAUUAGGAAGGGAUCUCUUAAUGGCCAGUAUGAACUGGAAGAUGGCCGUUAGCAAAAACUGUUUCACUGUCAACAUUUGACAUUGUUAAUACCCUGUGGAGACACUGUGUCCACAAACAUGUCCAGUAAUAGUAUCUUCUUUUGUUAAAGAGUAAAUAUACAUUAUAGGUGCAGUAUAAUUAUAGUUUAUAUUUCUUUACUCAAAGAGUGGCAAGAAUUCAAAUUUCAGUUUGACUUUUGGAAAACUAAAAGUUGCCUUCCAUCCCGUUGAGGUGCUGCACAUUGUUUUGUGCUGCUUCAUUACAUCAGUGAAACUGUUGGUUUUCUGCUUGUUGUUUCUUUCUUUGAACCAAAACCAAAACUCUGCCAACUUGAUCGCUGCACCUUAAUGGAUUCUAAGCACUAUGCAGUUUUCCUUUAUUCGUGUUUUCAUGUCUGUCAAGUUAAAGAUGGCUGAAUGUUCACAUCUUUCUGUUAGGAUGACUGCUGUAAAACAUCACUGAACCUUAAAAAUGGGGAUUUUUUUCCUGCUGCGCUUAAGGCCUUACACUAAUCUGUAAUCUGAUUGUUGACUGAGCUUUUGUAAAUGGCAGCAAACUGUGAAUAAGAUUGUUCCUCUUUCAAAUUCCCAAAUGAAAGGAAGCUGAAUAUUUUUUUUCUUAACUCUGAACGUAAACAUAGCACUAAUUGUAUUUGAUUUUGUAAAUGUAGCGUAGCGCAGUAUGAAUGUUCUGAGAAAUAAAGCUGAGAGAUUUCCAUCUGUUAAAUGAAUAUAACGACAUUAAAACAAGGCAGUGGUUCAGUA